UAUGUAAUGAGGCGAAAGGUAUUUUCCAAAGAGAAAAAAGGAGAAGCAUUCAACGCUGGUAGGAGUGCAAAAGGACAGGCUUCGUAGAGUGUCCCUCCUGCAUAAGCGCCUCGGCGAUCCAAACGCCGUAAAUCUUCUUCCGCCGCCUCAGCUCGGUUUGGGAUCCAUUCAGUCAGGGUUCCACUGCAGCAAAAGAAAGAAACUUUGAAGCGGAAAAUUGAAAUCGAUGGCGUCGUUUGGGUCUUUAAAAUCUGCAAUCUUCGACAGAGAAGAGAGAAAACAGCAGUACCAGGCUCACAUUCUCGGCCUCAACGCUUACGACCGCCACAAAAAGUUCGUCCAAGAUUACGUUAACUUUUAUGGUAGACAAGAAUCUUCACAUGUCAAGCUCCCGGUUAAAACAGAUCAAGACACCCUAAGGGAAGGGUAUCGGUUCAUAAGAUCCGAGGAAGAUGAUAUGGACCGAUCUUGGGAGCAAAGGCUGGUAAAGCGAUACUAUGACAAGCUGUUUAAAGAAUACUGCAUAGCGGACAUGUCACAUUACAAGAGUGGUAAGAUUGGUCUAAGGUGGAGGACAGAGAAGGAAGUCGUAUCUGGUAAAGGGCAGUUCAUAUGUGGUAACAAACAUUGUGAUGUAAAAGAUGGCUUAGCAAGCUAUGAGGUGAACUUUUCUUAUUUUGAAGCUGGAGAAAACAAACAAGCCCUUGUCAAAUUGGUAACUUGUCAGAGAUGUUCUGAAAAGCUUCAUUACAAAAGAUUGAAAGAGAAAGAGCAAAUGGAAAAAGAAAAGAAGGAAGAGAACAGAAGAAAGAGGAAUCGAUCAGGUGAUAGUGAUGAUACUGAUAGUGAGGGGAGCAAAGAAAGGAGAAAAGGGAAAAAGGCUUCAAUCUCCACUAGAGAAGAUAGAGUUGAUGAUGAAGACGAUGAUACAGAUAAGUUUGAAGAGUAUCUCGAGGGAAUGUUUCCUUGAUACUUGCUAAUUGAGGGCCAUCAUAUCUGCAGUUAAUCUCUGCCCCACUUAGUGAAUGAAGGCGAAGUGAAAUCUAUACCAGAGGUGGGCCGAAGCAUGUCUUGAUGAAACAUCCUUGCCUUCAGUUGAAGGGGCCAUGAGUUGCUGAAAUUCCUUUGCCUUUUGCCUUUUGCAUCGAAGGGCUGUUUGCGUAUUCAUUUUUCGUGGUAACCCAGUUUCGAAGCCAACUGCAAGGGGCACGGGGACAAUGGAACAGCCAUGCCUGACGUUGUUUGUAAUUUGAAUACAGUAACGAUCGAAUUGUGUUGUAAGCUAAUAUUAGAGGAAAAUCAUUCUGUCUUUCAAGUAAAUAUAACUUGUCAGAAAAACCAAUGAGGUUUUAUAAUUUUGUUUCGGAUUGAUUUA